AUGGAAAGGAAUGAAACAUUUCGAUUCAAUCAAAGUAAUCAUAUUGAAAUUCAUGUCAUGAAAACAACAACAACAACAACAACUACUACUACUACUACUUCUACUACUACUACUACUACUACUAAUACUAAUACUACUACUACUACUAUUGUGAUUAUUAUUAAUAAUAUUUUACUAUUACUUUU